AUGAAAACCAAACUAACCCUCUUCUUUUGGCUCUCGGCCUUUGUCAUUGCACUCCUCUCUAUGAUCAUUUCACUCCAUAACAUCCCUACAUUCUCAAAAAUUGGUACUUCCGUUAGUCCUCACAACGUUUUUGAGCUCGCCACUUUCGAUAGGAUUAUCGAGCAAAGUGGCGUUGAGGACUUGCUGGCCCACCUAACAAACAUGGUCUCCAGGCACCGCCGCCGCCACCACCACCACCAUCACAGAAGAAAGAUUGAAUGUGACAAGAACAAGUGGACAUCUAGUCUAAUACACAAAUACAAUGUGACCCUCGUUUUGACGGUUGGCUUGGAGAGAUGCGCGAAUUUCAGCACCGUGCAAAAGGCGGUCGACGCUGUACCUGAGAGGAGUUCUUCUAGGACACUCAUCAUAAUUGAUUCCGGCACUUACAUGGAAAAGGUAAUAGUGGAUGUUAACAAGACAAAUAUGAUAUUCGAAGGGAAGGGUUAUCAAAAGACUAUCAUAUCAUGGAAUGACACUGCCAAUUCCACGGGAGGGACUAUCUAUAGCUCUUCAGUUGCCAUCUUUGCUCAUAACUUCACUGCCUACAAUAUUAGCUUCCAAAAUACCGCUCCUCCACCGUUGCCGGGAGAAGUCGGGGCUCAGGCAUUGGCGAUUCGGGUAUCGGGAGAUCAAGCAGCAUUUUAUGGAUGUGGAUUUUAUGGCGCCCAAGACACGCUUAAUGAUGUCCUUGGGAGGCAUUAUUAUAGAGAAUGUUUUAUUCAAGGAUCUAUAGAUUUUAUAUUUGGAAAUGCUAGAUCACUCUAUGAGGGAUGCACCAUUAAUUCAAUAGCGAUGCCGGUGACGGCCGGCUGGAUAAGCGGGGCCAUCACGGCCCAUGGAAGGCAGUCGUUAGAUGAGCAAACUGGAUUUUCCUUUGUGAAUUGCAGCAUAGAAGGAACUGGGAAAGUGUGGCUUGGGCGAGCCUGGGGACCUUAUGCAACUGUAGUAUUCUCAAAAACAUACAUGUCUGAUGUUGUGGCUUCUGAUGGCUGGAAUGAUUGGAAAGACCCCUCUAGAGACCAGUCAGUCUUCUUUGGAGAGUACGAGUGUGAGGGACCUGGUGCAAAUUACACAUACAGAGCCUCAUACUCAAAGCAGCUCCAACAAUCUGAAGCAGAAUCCUUCAUGGACAUCUCAUACAUCAAUGGAAAUGAUUGGCUUUUAGAUCUUCCUAAUAUAUUUUCUUCUCCAAACCAUCAUAAUAACAAUAGGGACGAAGAGUUUUAUUCAUACUAG